AUGAAAGACCCGUUUUUCGGCGAGGAUGACGGCGAAUUUGACGACUUAUACGGAAAUCUUCCUUCGUCGGCGUCUUUCCCCACUGUGAGGCAGAAACCGCGCAAUAAUGAGAUGAUAGAGGGCAAGCCAAUUACGCCAAGUGGCAUGAUAUUUGAGAGGAAUUCCAUGACGUCCAGCAGCGUCGUUUCGGGGUCCUGUGUGCAUGACCGACUAGGCUCUACUAUCAACAACACGACGGAGUUUGCAGCUUUUGGAAAGCAGGAAAAGCGACGCAACAAUCGCGGAAAACCUGUUCACAAAAGAAGUCAAGAGAUUUUUGACGUGCAGUGGGAGUCAGAUGUUAAGGUGGUGAAGUGCGGUCUUUGCAAGUCGGACUUUUCGCUCGUGCGACGUAGACACCACUGUCGUCAUUGUGGGCGUAUCAUGUGUUCGGACUGCUCGUCCUUUUUGUACUUUGAGCUGUCGCGACGGAAGCACAGAGUUUGUUCUACUUGCAAAUUGCAUCUUCUAACGGAACAAGAAGCUUACGAUCGUGAAACGACGAGAGCAGGUGACCCACCGACUAAUUUGUUUGUAGACUCGAGUAAUGUUGGACCACCGGCGUCAUCGUCUCUUGGACUGCCAGCAUCACCAACGCGUACUAAGGAUAACUUGAAGGCAAGAAAGAAACAGGCAGAUAUUUCACGCAAAGAACAGAAAUGUAAAGAAAAGUUACGGACGCAAAGAGGAGUUGCAACGGGUCCAAUAACUCCAACAACUACUCGGAAUCAAUCAUUUUGUGACGUAAACCAGUCGACAGUAAAUGAUGCGGCAAUAUUUGAUAGUGAGGACGAUGGUUGGUUUACCGAUGUGCCCGAUCAACAGACGCACUCUCGGAAUAGUGUUGAAGUCUACAGUGAGGAUGCUGAUUUAAAAGAACCCGGCUGGAGAGAUCGCAUUAAAGAUACAUACACAAUUACGCCUGCAAUCAAGCAAACGUUAGCUUUUACACCAACGACUGACAACUUGCCGGCGGUGGGGUUCACACCAAGCGACGAUAUCUCAGACCAGUUUCAAUAUGAUGUCAGCAAGUCGGGUUGUGUUUACGAUGAUGAAAUCUCUGCUGACAUGCCACGACCAAAGCAACAGACCGCAACAUUAACAAAUAUUGAUCGUGGCGUAAGGGCCAAUGGGCUAUCGGGAAAUGGCUACUUUUCCGAUCAGUUUCAGUAUAAUGAUGUAGAUGGUCCAGGGCUUGGUCACGACGAUGAUCACUCAGUUGGUAUGCCCCGACCAAAGCAGCAAUUAACGACCACACGAUACAGUUACAACAGUACGAGACAUAAGCAAAAUCAGUUGGACUUCAAUUUUACAGACAAAAAUACGGCCCAUGAGCAGGGCUUGCAGGCGCGAUCCACCUUAACUGAUUUCUUUAGCGCAACGAAGCGCUGGGAAUCGACAGCAAAAAUGGAAAAAAAUGAAGCGUCCACCAAUUCCCAUAUUCAAGAAAAUCAAAACCUGACGCUGAAUGGAGUAAACUCGUUGUACUCGCCACAAAAUGGACCUCGCAUGCCUGCACCGACCGUUACUAGCUUGAGUCCUGGCCGGCUGACAUUUUACGGCCAAGAUGCAGAUGAGUUAGUUGUUGACGACUCCCCUGGAUAUUUUGAGGCAACGAUGGAGAAGCGGGAAGCGCAUCACAAAAAAGAAGAGGAACACAACGAACAACUUGCCCGUGAUAUGGCAUGGGCAAAUAGCUCGCCGCAGCCAACCGUUAUACGACCAAAUCGCUCUUCGAGUGAUCAAGAUUCUUACAGUAUUGUUGACCUUCCAUCUCAUACUUCAGACUCUUCUAUUAGACACCAAAGAGGUGACGUGAAUGGCACCUCAACAAAUGAAAAAAAGGCAAAAAGCGGCUUCACUGGUGUGCUAAAGCGCUUUUUUAAGAUGGGGUCAAAAAAAUCAAGCGAACUUCCGCAGUCUAGUGCUACUGCUAGACAACCAGAAAAGGAUAUUGCUGAUAACUACACUGCACCUGUGUCAGGUGCCAGUCACCGCGACCGCGCCAUUACGACAGAUUCAGUAUCUGGUGGAUUGCUAAGGCACACGGUCGUGAAAUAUGAUGGUAAUAAUCGAGAAGAGUUAGUUCGUCAAGAGAACUCCAGAUACACUAUGGCUCCUCACGUCGAUUUGAAUCCUGGCAUGGGGACCUUAUUACCUUCACAGGUUGGUGGGGUGAAGCAACAUGAGAAACAGGAGUUGGAUCGUAAACAUCGAGGGACGUUUGAUGAACUUUUCAUGUCGCCCAAAGACACCUUAGCCAUUGACGACUUUUCAGUAGGUGAAAGUGGAUGGGGUGCUCGUGUGGAAGUGAACGCAAAUGUUGGUCGAGAGCGGUUAGGUGCAACUGGCGUUGCUCGUUUUGACCAAAAAAGACCUAUCAACGAAGCCGGUGAAUUUGUGCUUGGGUACGAACCUCAACUUAUUAUUCCAUCGAGUCAGUCUGCUACUGAUUCUACUGAAGCAUGGAGGGAAUCUGCAGUCUUGUCAUUGCUAAAUGAUAAACAAGCUGCAACUCAACCAGAAGAAUCUGUUUUGACCUGGAGUAAUAUAAGACCAGCCUCUGGGCUUGGAACGGCAACAUACGCUGUGCCGACGAGCCUUCAGUCUCGUGCAGUCAACGGCGAUAUUAUCGGGACGUCUACUCAAAACGAGACUUUGGCAACGCUUGGCAGUAUCAUAAAUGGCUUGAAGUAUGGUUCAGCCUCGAAAAAGUUGCAAGGCCAGGAAUCGAUUGAUGAUUUUUUUGCCGAGUUUGAAGAAAACAACGACUACGUUUUCGACGCUGUCACGGGUGGCUACGUGGCAGCUCGAAUUCCACCACCUACAAGUAUGAAGCAGUUAGAGUCAAUAGAGUUGCUAGUACCAGCGAAGGUUACCUCCAGAAUGAGCGAUCAUAGCUACAGCGAUCCAUCUCCAGUUGUUGGAACCGCUGUUGCAACUAAUUAUGGUGAAGGUGAAGAAGUCGACGAUGAAGUUGCUGAAAUUAUUGUGGGCAAAAUUAGCUCGUUAGAAAGCGAGCUGGCUGCACUGAAGCAGUUGAUUCGCACUCGCAAAGGAUGUGGAAGAAAUAAACUAUCAAAACCGCGAGUCACUCGUAGCACGGCUAAUUCGAGUGUUCGCAAAGAAAACAUUUUUGACAGCGACAGCAGUGACGGAGAUAUGGGCAAGAAUGGAGUAUACGCUUCAUCAAUUCGUUUAGUGGUGGAUGGGGAGAGCAAAGAAAGACCUGGCAGCAAGAAGAGGCUUACUAAACCACGCAAGGAUUCGUUUGCUGAUUUGUUUGAAGACAGUCCGAACGAACAAAAAAUGUUUGGAAGUGCAACCAGCUACGAAGCUCUUUUUCAAAUAGAACCAAAGCUGACCGAUAUAAAUAAAGAGUCCGUCAGCGACAAUGACGCAGACCCUCUGCCUCUGAUAAAAAGCAGGACUGCAAAAUUGAGACGAUCAAGUUGGGAAACUAGCAAUUUUGAGCUUUUCAAUGAUCCCAAAUCCGAGCCACAACUUGCAUCACUGAAGGAAAGGCUAGGUAAACAAUUAUCUUGGUGGAAGACGCGUGAUGAUUUGGAUGAUACUAGUACCAGCAUGAAUGAUACUGCUACCAGCAUGAAUGAAGGACAGUUGUUUGCGUCGCUGUCGAGACUGGAAGCAAAGCAGGGGAGUACAGAUAAACAAGAUGUGAGGGAUGACCCGAUUGAUGUUUUAUUUGACAUGUCGAAUGAUCGUGAUGUGGCCGAAUUGCACGGUAGGCAUGGCGGUCACGAUGUAGGUGGCAAGUUUACGCUUACUUUGGACAAAAACAUUCUGUCAAGUCAGAAGUCUUCAUCAGAGGCGGAGGCAAAUGGUAGUCCAGCUGUUAUCAUUGCAAACAUGGAAUCUGUGGCACCCAUGAGUGAAUCUAGCGCCAGCGACUUCUACUCUUUCGACUUACAGGGAUUGAAUGCAGUCAACAACGAAGAGAAACUUUCAAUUAAUUGGUCAAAGAUGCGAAAAAUUAAGCGUCAUAAACCGAAAACUCCUCCUUUUUCAAACGCUGGAGGUGAAAGCAGUAAUUUUGAUAGUAGAGCGAAGGGUAUUCUUUUGGAGCCUAGUCUGUUUAGUGAAGACUGGCACCCCAAGGCUGAUCAUACUUCGCCAGAGCACGCAGUUCCAACAGCGUUUCCUGGAGAUGCGUCGUCGAGAUGGAUGUCGGUCGAUACGAUGGAGAAUGAGACAGUACACUUAAGUUUGAAAGCUGAAGAUGUUGAGUAUCAGUGUGUUCAUGAAAGUAAACACAUGAUAGAGUCAGCUUCUGAGGCUGUGGUUACGAACGAGAAGAAGCGAGGUAUUGAACCAGACGUCUUUCCAGGUCAUGCCUCUAUGAAUUCAGCACCAGUUGAAAAUGCUGUACCAAGUCUAACAGCCAAUGAGGAAGUCAUGACUGGAGAGGCAAGUGGUUCAGUAGAGCAAUUACCGCUUGCCGCGUCGAGCUUCGUUGAGGAGUCUACAGACACGAACAGAAAAACUGUAGGAAAAGACGAUGCUACUUUUAAAACCUUUGACAAGUCUAAAGAUAUGGGGUUGUUGUCAACAUCUUCACAAAUGGGUCAAAUAGCGCAGUCCGGUAAAGGUAGAGAGAAUGUUGACAAAAAAUCUCUCGCUGGAAAUCAUGAGGCUUUCACAUUUGAGGUCCAAGCUCCUAAGAAGCGGUCUUCUGUAGAUGCACUGACUACUAUUUGCAGCGUCGAAUCUGUGUCAGUGUAUAGCGAGUCGUCUCCUUCGUCCCAAAUGUUGUCAGCCGUAGAUAAAUACACAACGUUUGCCGAAGAGCUAUCGUCGCGCACCCCAUCGAUAGAUGGUAGUCGUAAUGACCCUGCGGAUACCAUGGCAGAUGAUGAUUCAAUGCUAGGAACAGCUGAAGUGCAAGCAUUUGACACGGAUUGGCAGCAAAUGCAGGUAGAGGAGAAGGAGCGAAAGAAGAGACUGCAAGUCAAGCAGCGACAAGCUCGACGGGACAAGCAAAUACGAAAGCAAGGCGCAUUCACAAAGCUUGUCUCUACCACUGCUACUACGCAUGGCUUGAGCAAAAACAAGUCAAAGCGCGGCAAGAAGAAGAAAAAAGACAACGAAAAGAACGACGCAGCAUUAUCUAUCUUACCUCACAAGAAAAGCGGUUCAUCGCGAAAGUAUCGUCAAGAUGCCACUGACAAUGCUACUUCAACAUUAUCAGAACCUCCACGAUCAUUAACAGAACUUUGA